AUGUGUUGGCUUUGGGUUCUACUUUCGAGCGGGUCUUCUACCGACGCAGACGACGAGCGAUCAGAUACCUCUACGGUGCUAUCCAGCGGCGAGAUGGAUCCUGAUUCGAUUUAUGAAAACACAAACAAUAAGUACAUUUCACUACAGGAAGCAGGUAAGGGUACUAUUGGACAAGUCACAUUUUGCGCACGCAGACCCUCUCUAGUCGCAAGCCCUCUUAUAACGAACCUCACAGCGCAAGGCCCAGGCCUUGUAGCUAUGAAGAUAGCUAGUCGAGAAAUGUCCCGCGACAGGGUAGCCACUGAGAUUAUUGUCCUACAGCGCAUACACAGCUUCUUCGCCCCAGCUGCUGACGAAACUAUUGCAAAACACUUGCCUGACCUCGUCGACUUUGACCCAAUCGUAGACGGCGGGUCGCGCUGGCUAGCGGUUCAUCCUAUCCGUGGCUUCGACCUUGAGCGACUCUGCGUCGUAGUUACCCAUAUAAUACAGCCUUCUUCAGCGGACCCUGUCACUUACAGCCUCUCGUUUCCUGCGAUACCGGAGGUUCUCGUGUUACACAUUGCGAAGCAGUUGACAGGAGCAGUCGGGUGGCUGCACGACAUCGCCAACGUCGCUCAUAACGACGUCUUUGGCGGGAACGUUAUGCUCGACUUGUCUAGCUGGGACAAGGGGCCUGAUUUCACAAUGCCUACUAUUGUCUUGAUUGACUUUAACCGUGCAAGCUUGAAUCCCAAUGAAAAGGAGAAAGGUGCAGACCGUUCAUUCGUGUACGAGCUUAUACACAUGCUCGACAGUACUGGCAGAACGUCAUCACAAAGACCCCAUGAACUAGAAGACACUAGUACACCGAAGCGUUCGCCGACCUGGUGGGACGUUUUCAUCAGCUUUCUAAAGAUCAAUAAUAGCCAGUAUCUUCAAGAAAAGUCCUCGACUUUCACACGCUUCAAGGACCAAUUUGGCACGGAAAUCAAUCGUCGAUUGGAGGGAGUGACUGAAGACGAAGUGAGGCAGGUGCAAGGGUUGCUCGAUAUGGUUGCGGAGAAAGAAGUUCGUUUUCCAAGUGAAGAUAGAAUUAGAGAGGUAUUGGAGCAGCGAGAGGAUGGCUAG